UAAUUGCAUUGAAAAACUGAAUUUGAAUCACAUAAUUUGAAAUUGUUUUGUUUAAUUAAAAUUGAAUUUAUUCAAAAACUGAAUCUGAAUUGUAUCAUUUGAAAUUGAAUUUAUUCGUUUGGAACUGAAGUCCAAUAAAAUUUGAUCCUCACUGAAAAUUAAACACUCUAUAUAUCUUCACAUUCACUUCUCACAAUUCAGAUUCAGUUCUCAAAUUCAAUUUCAAGUUACUGAGACAGACAUCCGGGUAGUUGGAGGAUGAAGGAAGAGCAAUCGAGCGCAGAUCGAUAGAUAGCGUUCAUUGGCGCACAGGACUCCUCUUGGGCCAAUCAGCACCAAUGUUUUGGAGCACAGUACGUUACCCGCCAUGAAACAAAGAAGAAGUGCUUGCCUGACUUGCGUGACCACCACCACCAUGGAUUCGGCUGGGACAAAUACGAUUCCUGCUGCUCCAGUAGCUCUGAUCGACUUCUCUGCUAAAGCCAAAAAAAAAAGCUUGACUGUUCUAUUGAUGGCAGGACAACUGAAAACCAGUUAUGGAUGCAAACAUGAAGCACAAGCCAGAGGAGUCUAUGAGAAGCUGAUGGGUCGGGAGCAUGCAGGCUUCUCCUGUAUGGACAGUGGUCUCUGGCUGAACCCCAAGUGGCCAUACAUGGGGUCCUCCCCUGAUGGGAUUGUUGCUUGUGACUGUCACGGAACUGGCACCUGCAAGAUUAAGUGUCCACACUCUCACCAAGAUGAAGCCAAUCUGCGCUUGUGUGCUGGGGAAAAGGGCUUCUGCCUCAUCAAUGAUGGGGAUAAUGUCAUGCUGGACCGGACUCAUGACUACUACUACCAAGUUCAGGGACAGCUUCACAUUGUAGACGCUGAGUACUGUGAUUUUGUUGUGUGGAACCACAAUGACAUUUUUGUUGAAAGGAUUUUGCCCGAUCUUGAACUUUAGGAUGAUGUUAGGCUUUUUUAGAAACGGCAUACUUCCAGAAAUACUGGGACAGCAAGUUACAAACUCACAUGUGUAAUGUAAUGAAAGGAUCCAGGCACUCUUGAAAGUGGGCUGUGUGAUAUUGCUGUUAUAUCAAUACGGUUGUAUGAGACAAGAUUACAUUUUGACUAUUGUUAUGAGUGUGGUCUUUGUGAGUUCUGGCUGUUGUAUAAUUUAAAUGAAAACAUUAAAUGCCAUU